AUGCAAAAAUUGCAGCUAUCAAAACAAAACGAAAAACACGCGCUUUUACUUGAUCAUAGGCAACUUAUAAACACAGCCUACAGCGCUGCAGUGCCUAGCAGUGAGACAUAUGAACUAAAGUCGCAGCUGUUUCAAUUUCAACCAAAAGUAAGUCAGCAGCCACAACAAAACCAACGAAAACGCAAUCGCAAACGCAAUUUGAGCGAAACAGCGAAGAAUGCAGCAGUGGACAACAUUAAUGAGUACCUUGAGCUGUUGCCAAGAGCAGAAGUGGACACAGUCAGAACUCUGCCGCGCUACUGGGAGGAUGAGUACAGACUUCCCCAGCUGCAUGGAAGCAAUACGAGCGGUAAAUUUCAAACGUUCCAAACUCCGGCAAGCACUUUCAUCAUACCACACGCAGCCUGCUUUUACAACCACAAUGUGGAUCAGUUAAGGGCGUUGCUGCCGCAGCUUCGGCCGAACUAUGAUUUAAUCGUGAUUGAUCCACCUUGGCGUAACAAAUAUAUACGCCGCCUGAAGCGCGUCAAGCAGGAGUUGGGCUAUACCAUGAUGGAUAACGACCAGCUAGCAAUGCUGCCGCUUGGACAACUCACGCAUGAACGCACCUUGGUUGCCAUUUGGUGCACGAACUCAAACCUGCAUCAACAAGCGCUGGAAAAACAGCUUCUGCCCCGUUGGCAACUACGUUUGCUACAUAAACUGCGCUGGUACAAGCUAAAUACGGCGCAUCAACUCAUCAGCGACUUGAACCAAGAGGAUGCCUCACAAAAGCAGCCCUAUGAGGUGCUCUAUUUGGCAUGCCAUGUCCAGAGCAAUGGGGCAUAUGCCACAGACUUGAAACAAACAGAACUGCUGCUUAGCGUGGCCAGCAUUGUGCACUCCCACAAACCGCCACUGCUGGACUGGCUGCGUCAAUAUUUGAAGCUGGAAAGAGAUCAAGUGGAGCCCAGAUGCUUAGAACUGUUUGCACGUUAUUUACAACCACAAUUCACAUCCAUUGGCUUGGAGGUAUUGAAGCUAAUGGAUGACCGCUUAUACGAUAAAAAAUAAAGAGAAACUAAGAAGAAUAAUUUUUAUGAGGGCUCUGAAUUCUUGUAUGUGGGAUGGCCCUGUUGUUCUACAACUAUAUAUAAACACU